CGUGACUUGUACUUCUCAAGAGUAUAGCGUUUAUUCACAGAUUAUACCAUAUCGUUUCAAAUACAAGCUUAAUUUCCAGCAUAGCGAGAUCGCCCAGCGACGAGUCAACAUAACAGAGCUCCACGGUAGAGCAAUUUGCUAGAUAAGAUUCGCUAGCAGCAUUGAAUCAGAUUCAUCAGACCAGGAUGAGUUCGUUGGAAGAGCCGUCAAUUCUCAAGGGGAACACUGUCGACAGAAGCAAUGAGGAGGUUUUCAGUCAUAAAGUAUUCUCUCAAGUGGCGGUCAACAAUCCAAAUCACACGGCAAUUAUCUACGAAGAUGAGCGUGGCGAAGAAACAAGGUUGACUUUCAGUCAGCUCGAAGCGAGGACCAAUCAGCUGUCACGAGUCCUGGCGAAACGCUGUCGUCGAUCCUCGAUCAACGGCGUUGAUGCAAUCGUGGCGAUUUCGAUGCGGCCUACGGACCGACUUCCGACCCUCUUGCUGGCUACCUUGAAGGCCGGGAUGGCCUACCUUCCCUUGGAUCCAGAGUUUCCGGUUCCCAGGGUUAGGCACAUUCUCACCGAGGCUGAGCCCCUCAUCGUGGUCACCGAAGAAGGAGGUGAGGGACAAUCCAUUAUGGAAAGUGGAAUCGAUGGUAGAUUCCUCGCAGCUUACAAAUUGACUUGUCUCUGAG